UCGCGCCCGCCCUCUCGACUGCGGCGGCGGCGGCGGCGCCUGAGGGAGUCGCUGGUCCGCGCGCUGACACGGGCCCCGCGGACGCGCGGAGCCGACCUGCGGCAGGACCAGAGGAGCGAGAGCAGCAAGUACCGCACUUGGCAACCAUGUCGGUGGAAGUGGAGACCUCAGAGGGGGUAGACGAGUCAGAGAAAAAGAACUCUGGGACCUCAGAAAAGGAAAACCACACCAGAAUGGCUGACCUCUCCGAGCUCCUGAAGGAAGGGACCAAGGAAGCACAUGACCAGGCAGAAAACACCCAGUUUGUCAAGGACUUCUUGAAGGGUAACAUCAAGAAGGAGCUAUUCAAGCUGGCCACCACUGCGCUUUACUUCACAUAUUCGGCCCUCGAGGAGGAAAUGGACCGAAACAAGGACCACCCAGGCUUUGCCCCCUUGUACUUCCCCAUGGAGCUGCACCGGAAGGCGGCGCUGACCAAGGACAUGGAGUAUUUCUUUGGUGACGACUGGGAGGAGCGGGUGCAGUGCUCUGAGGCCACGCAAAAGUACGUGGAGCGGAUCCACUACAUAGGGCAGAAUGAGCCAGAGCUGCUGGUGGCCCAUGCGUACACGCGCUACAUGGGGGACCUCUCGGGGGGCCAGGUACUGAAGAAGGUGGCUCAGCGAGCACUGAAACUCCCCAGCACGGGGGAAGGGACCCAGUUCUACCUGUUUGAGAAUGUGGACAAUGCCCAGCAGUUCAAGCAGUUCUACCGAGCCAGGAUGAACGCCCUGGACCUCAACUUGAAGACCAAAGAGAGGAUCGUGGAAGAGGCCAACAAGGCCUUCCAGUACAAUAUACAGAUAUUCAAUGAACUGGACCAGGCUGGCUCUGCGCUUGCCAGAAAGACCCUGGAGGACGGGCUCCCCGUGCACGAUGGCAAAGGAGACGUGCGCAAGUGCCCCUACUACGCUGCUCAGCAGGACCAAGGUGCCCUGGAGGGCAGCAGCUGCCCGUUCCACACAGCCAUGGCCGUGUUGAGGAAGCCCAGCCUCCAGUUCCUUCUGGCUGCCGGCGUGGCCCUGGCUGCCGGACUCUUGGCCUGGUAUUACGUGUGAAGGACCGAUGACGCCGUGCUGGCACCCUCCUCCCAAGUGACCACCGUCUCCACCCAACUAAACUACCACCUCAGGUGACUUUUUUAAAAUGCGGGGUUUGAGACAAGCAACCAAUAAAAGAUGCUUGAGCUUCUGCCUGCCAGCGUCCUCUCACUGGGCACAGGCUGGCGCCCAGGGAGCAGCGAGUGCAGCGUGGCAGGGCAGGCCUGGGCUUCUAGACCAGGUUGUGCCCCAGGCUCGUGCCCUUCCUUCCUCCGUUCUGCAGAACUCGGGCGCCAUCUUCCCCUGCACGGGGGAGUGCCCAGUGAGCCCAGGCUGCAGCUGUGGGAGGGGCCUUUCCAGAUGCUGCUGCUCAACUUCUGGUCCUCUCUAUGGGGUGGGGUGGGCAGAAGCCAGGUGCUCCCCCAGAAGCCCCGGAGGUCUGCUCAGCCAUGGCUCGUCUCCUCUGACCUGUGUGAAUGCUACAGCUCUCAAUAAAGUGGAGUCCGCAA